AGAACUGCUCAGAAAAUGGCAGCGUUUUUACAGUGGAGACGAUUUGUGUUUUUCGAUAAAGAAACUGUGAAGGAUCCGAGCGAAAAUGGGAAAAACUUCCAGCUACCGAUGGGCAUAUCGGCCUGUGAUUCAGGCCGAGGACACAUUGUGCUCGGAGAUAUGGAUGGUCAGAUCUGGUUUUUGACCCGCUCUCUCCAGCUAUCAAGCUUCCAGGCAUAUAAGCUGCGGGUGACGCACCUGUACCAGCUCAAACAACACAACAUCCUGGUGUCAGUGGGGCAGGAUGAACCUGGCAUCAAUCCUCUGGUGAAGGUGUGGAAUCUUGAUAAGAGGGACAGUGGCAGUCCUCUGUGUACCCGAAUAUUCCCUGCCAUUCCUGGAAACAAACCCACUGAAGUGUCUUGUCUCAGCGUACAUGAAAACCUUAAUUUCAUGGCUAUAGGUUUUACAGAUGGCAGUGUUGUGCUGACGAAGGGUGACAUCACCAGAGAUCGACACAGCAAAACGCUCAGCCUCCAUGAGGGCAACUGUCCAAUCACAGGCCUGGCUUUCAGACAGGCUGGGAAAAUCACACACCUGUUUGUUGCCACCUUAGAGAAAGUGCAGUGUUACACGUUGUCAGUGAAAGAGUAUCCUCGUGUAGAAUUGGACACACACGGCUGUGCUCUCCGCUGUUCUGCGCUCACUGACCCGUCACAGGACUCGCAGUUUAUAGUGGCUGGAGAUGAUUGUGUGUAUCUGUACCAGCCUGAUGAGAGAGGACCCUGCUUCGCUUUUGAUGGGCAUAAGCUUUUGACACACUGGCACAGAGGAUACCUGCUGCUGCUCACACACAGUAACAAGUCGCCCAGCAAAUCUGAUUAUGGCAGCAGACAGACGUCCCCUACAGAAAAGCACAUCCUGACCAUUUACGAUUUAGACAACAAGUUCAUCGCUUACAGUGCGGUGUUUGAUGAUGUCAUUGACGUUCUGGCUGAAUGGGGGUCUUUCUACGUCCUAACAAGUGACAGGACGGUGUAUAUGCUGCAGGAGAAAGACACACAGACCAAGCUGGAGAUGCUGUUUAAGAAGAAUCUGUUUGUGAUGGCCAUUAACUUGGCCAAAAGUCAACACCUGGACAAUGAUGGUCUGUCUGAGAUAUUCAGGCAAUAUGGAGACCAUCUCUACGUCAAAGGAGAUCAUGAUGGAGCUAUUCAACAAUAUAUCCGCACCAUUGGGAAGCUCGAACCAUCCUAUGUUAUCCGCAAGUUUUUGGAUGCACAGAGAAUACACAACCUAACCGCAUACCUGCAGGCCCUUCACAGGCAGUCACUGGCCAACGCUGAUCACACUACACUACUGCUCAACUGCUACACCAAACUGAAGGACAGCUCCAAGCUGGAGGAGUUCAUAAAGAGCAAUGAGAGCGAGGUGCAUUUUGAUGUUGAAAUUGCCAUCAAAGUGUUACGCCAGGCUGGUUAUCACAGUCACGCCGUGUUUCUGGCAGAGAGACACAUGCACCAUGAAUGGUAUCUGAAGAUCCAGCUAGAGGAUUUGAAGAAUUAUCAAGAGGCUUUGCGCUACAUCGGUAGGUUGCCAUUUGAUCAGGCUGAAAGUAACAUGAAGCGUUAUGGUAAAACUCUUAUGCACCAUGUUCCCGAGAGCUCCACCAUCCUCUUAAAGCGCCUCUGCACCGACUAUCACCCCAGCAAAGACUCCACCGACCGGGACAGUCUGGACAGGCCUGUGGAAAACAAGGCCAAUCCAGAGGAGUUCAUCCCAGUGUUUGCCAAUAACCCGCGAGAGCUGCGAUUGUUUCUGGAGCACAUGAUCGAGGUGGACCCGUUCUCUCCUGAAGGAGUUUAUGACACUCUGCUAGAGCUCAGACUGCAGGACUGGGCACAUGAGCAGGACCCAGGGAAGAAAAAAGUCCUGCAGGAGGCAGCACUCUCCCUUCUGAGGAGCGACAACACUGUGUUUGACAAGGCCCUCGUGCUCUGCCAGAUGCACAACUUUAAAGAAGGAGUGCUGUAUUUGUAUGAAAAGGGCAAACUGUAUCAGCAGAUCAUGCAUUACCACAUGCAGAAUGAGGAGUAUGGGAAAGUGGUGGAGGCCUGUAAGCGCUAUGGGGACAGCGAAGUGUGCUUGUGGGAGCAGGCACUGGGCUAUUUCGCACGCAAAGAAGAAAACUGCAAGUCCUACAUUAGUGAAGUCUUGAAGCACAUCGACGACAAUAACCUGAUGCCUCCGCUUCUGGUGGUGCAGACUUUGGCCCAUAAUUCCACAGCAUCUUUAUCAGUCAUCAAAGACUACCUGAUUAAUAAACUGGAGAGGGAGACCCAGCAGAUUGAGGAAGACGAAAGGAAGAUUCGCCAGUAUAGAGAAGAGACGGCUCAUUUACGGUCUGAGAUACAAGAACUUAAAACUUGUGCAAAGAUCUUUCAGAAGACCAAGUGCAGCAUGUGCAACAGCCCGCUCGAGCUGCCGUCUGUGCACUUCCUGUGUGGCCACUCUUUCCAUCAACACUGCUUAGAGAGCUUCGCUGAGAGUGAGGCAGAGUGUCCCACCUGCACCCCUGAGAACAGGAAGGUCAUGGACAUGUUGCGUGCGCAGGAUCAGAAACGAGAUCUGCAUGACCAUUUUCACAGACAGUUGAGAUGCUCUAACGACGGCUUCUCAGUCAUCGCUGACUACUUUGGCCGUGGAGUGUUCAACAAACUCACUCUGAUAACGGAUCCUCCCGGAGGAAAGGGUGGAGCUGGGAAUCUGGAGGCUGAAUUCAACAGAGAUCUGCUCAUUAACACCAAGAGAAACGUUUGAAGGGCUGGGCUGGACUGGAGUUCACUUUAAAAGAAGAGCAGAUCUAGGGUCGGACACGUGACCUUGCGCUACUUUAACGGUCUUAUAACAAAAUCCAAAUUUACCUUUGCAGUUCCUCUUCUUGGUGUUGAUUUAUUUAUAGGCUGUAUAGUGGAAAGAGAGAUGAAAGCUCUUGCAAAAUCUCUCCAUCUGUGUCGUCUGCAAGAUCAAAUCAGCAGAAAGAGGAAAGUAUCAAAACCGCUGUGGGUGAUGAUGAGAAACGCAAGAACUUGCACUUCAGGACUGUGUGACAUUUUCAAGCUUUUGCUGGUGCACUCUAGAGAUGGACUUGCACAUUAUUUUGCAUCCUUUAAUGAUUCAUGUAUAAUGUAUAAUUAGUGUAACAACCACUUAUUACUGUAGCUAAAGCAACUAAUCUAAAUUAAUCAGGCAAAAGCUUGUAAAAGUGUUGUUAAUAAAUGUAUGAAAUUA